AUGGACGAUGUUGAUUUUCGUUUCAUGGACUUUAAAGAAAUUAUUGAAAACCUGAUUGUAAGAGAUAAUUCACCUAGCAUACAUGAGGCCAUUGAUAGACUCUUCACGGACAUAGCAAAUAUCAACAGGGAGUCUAUGGCUGAAAUACAGGAUGCUCAGGUUGAAGAAAUGGCAGUAAACCUGUGGAACUGGGCAGUUACCAAGAGAGUAGGUUUGGUUAUAAGUGAAGAGCAGAAAGCUAAAUUACGGCAUGUUGCUUGCAAGUUGGUGUGUAUGUGUGAAGACUCAGCUGCUUCAGAAGAGGCUAUUCAAAGACAGAUUUUGAUGAAUAUGAAAACAGGAAAAGGGUGGCUUUGUGUUGGAAAUGCUGUGACCGCUGAUGAAUUUUUUCAAGUUGCCAUUGCUGGUCUGGAGCAAUUAUAUGUCAAAUUAAUGCAAAGGAGCUCCACUGAGGACCACAUGACUAUGCAGAAGAUUGCUGUGGAGAGGAACCUUUUCAAAGUGCUUUCUUACCAAGCAGAGUCAGCAAUUGCUCAAGGGGAUUUUCAAAGAGCAUCUACAUGUGUACUGCGCUGUAAAGAUAUGUUGAUGAGGCUCCCCAAAAUGACUGGAUAUCUUCAUAUUCUCUGUUACAACUUUGGAGUAGAAACCUACAAGCAGAAUAAAUAUGAAGAAAGUUCUUUCUGGCUUAGGGUUAGUUCUGGUUAUAUGAUUAGUUUAACUAUUGUGAAAAUUACAUUUACCAUUAAUGAAAUAAAUACAAAUAUGGCUAAAGUUCUACGGUUACUAGCCACUGCUUAUCUGGAUUGGGACGACAGAGAAUAUUAUGAUAAGGCUCUCAGCGCUAUAAACCUAGCAAACAAGGAAUAUUUAAAUCCAGCUGGGCUUUUCUUAAAGAUGAAAAUCCUCUUGAAGGGCGAAAUACCUAAUGAAGAACUCCUUGAAGCUGUCAUGGAAAUACUACAUCUUGACAUGUCCUUAGACGUCUGUCUGAACAUUGCUAAACUGCUGAUGGAUCACGAUAGAGAAUCUGUUGGAUUUUAUUUCCUGAAGAUUAUCUGUGAACAUUUUAAGUCAUCAGAAAAUAUUGGAAAAGCUCUCCUGCUGCACAUUGACAUGCUUUUACAAAGGAAGGAAGAGUUGCUUGCCAAGGAGAAGAUUGAAGAAAUCAUUAUAGGUCACCAAACAGGAAGACAACUGACAACAGAUUUAGUAGGCUGUUUACACAACAUUCUGUGGAAAAAAGCUGCCAGAAGUUUUGAGGUACAAAAUUACGCUGAUACCUUACACUGGUACUAUUAUUCUCUGAGAUUGUAUGCAUCUGAUCAAAUGGAUCCGGACUUGGCCAAGCUGCAGAGGAACAUGGCUUCCUGUUACCUGCAUUUGAAACAACUUGACAAGGCUAAAGAGGCAGUGACAGAAGCUGAACAACGUGAUCCUGCAAAUAUUUUCACUCAAUUUUAUAUAUUCAAGAUUGCAGUCUUAGAGGGCAACUCUGACAGAGCUUUGCAGGCAAUUACUACUUUAGAGAAUUUAUUAACAGCUGAAGAGCCAGAAGAGAAUAACCUACUUACAGAUAGAGGUUCAACUGUCAUGCUCCUCAGUUUAGCUGCCCAGUUUGCUCUAGAGAAUGGACAGCAAAUUGUGGCAGGAAAAGCUUUGGAAUAUUUAGCUCAAUAUUCGGAAGACCCACAACAAGUUCUUACAGCUUUAAGGUGUUUGUUUCGUCUUAUUCUUCCAAAAGUUUCUCAAAUGCCAGAAUCUGAAAACAAAAAGAAAGAAAUGGAUAGACUCCUGACUUGCUUGAAUAUAGCACUUCUGAAACUUGCUCAUUCUUUUGAUGGAGAAGCCUCAACUUCAGCCUCAAGGACUAAUGAAGCUCAUUGGUUUCGAAAAAUAGCUUGGAACUUGGCUGUGCAAUGUGACAAAGACCCAGUUACAAUGAGAGAGUUUUUCAUGCUUUCUUAUAAGCUGUCCCAGUUUUGUCCUUCUGAUCAAGUCAUUCUGAUUGCACAGAAAACAUGUUUACUUAUGGCAGCUGCAGUUGAUCUAGAGCAAGGGAGGAAAGCUUCAACAACUUUUCAACAGACCAAGUUACUGAAUCGUGCAUGUGAACAGAUCCAUAAAUGCAGAGACAUCUGGAAUCUCCUGAAAGAAACAGGAGACUUCUCAAACGAUCCAUGUGAGACAUUGCUUCUGCUGUAUGAGUUUGAAGUUAAAGCCAAAAUGAAUGAUCCAUUCCUGGACGGCUUCCUGGAAUCAGUGUGGGAACUGCCUCAUUUAGAAAGUAAAACAUUUGAAACAAUCGCAUCAUUAGCAAUGGAAAUGCCUGCCUACUAUCCUUCCAUCGCUCUAAAGGCCUUGAAAAGAGCUUUAUUGCUCCACAAAAAGAAAGAAUCAAUUGAUGUUAUGAAAUACAGCAAAUGUAUGCGCAACUUGAUUAACCUCCUAGUGCCCGAGGGGGUGCUGAGUACAGAACUCUGUCCCCCGGAAGAAGUUUGGGGCUAUUUUGAAGAUGCUCUGAGCCUUAUUAGCCACACCGAAGGCUAUCCAGAAAUGGAGAUUCUCUGGCUGAUGAUCAAGUCCUGGAAUACUGGAAUAUUUCUGUAUGGCAGAAGCAAGUAUGUGUCUGCUGAAAAAUGGUGUGGCCUGGCAUUGCGUUUCCUUGACCACCUUGGUUCCCUCAAGAGAAGCUAUGAAACUCAGAUGAAUGUUCUGUAUAGUGAGCUUAUGGAAGCAUUAGAUAAAAACAAGGGCUCACUUUUUAAUGAAGAGUGAGAACUGCUGGAACGAGGCAUAUGAGCAGGCAAGCUGACAGCAACUUGAAGAAGAUGUAUGGUCCUGAGAUGUUGAAUAUUUAAA